AUGGCUUUUUCCGGUGCUGUCAUUUUAACUGAUCUAAACGAUUACAUCUCACCCUCACAAGCUUGCAUUAAGCCAGUCGAAAGCAAAAAGAAUAAGAGUGACGGCACACCUGUUUCUAUCAAAAUUGAUGAUUUCGGUGGGCACUUUGAAGUGACACAAGAUGGAAUCGAAACAAAGUUAGAAACCGCGAGUAUAACUUUAAAUGAUUGUUUGGCAUGCAGUGGCUGUAUUACAUCCGCCGAGAGUAUUCUAGUUAGCAUGCAGUCACACGAAGAACUUUACAAAGUGCUUGAAAGUAAUCGAAUCGCGAUUGAAGAAGGAAGAGCUCAAGAUAUCAAGACAGUAGUAGUUUCAAUAGCACCACAAUCACGUGCUUCUAUUGCUGCCAAAUAUAAACUGACUCCAUUACAGGCAGCUCAACGUAUCACUCAUUUCUUAAAGUCGCUCGGUGUUGAUUAUAUUUUCGACACGUCUUUUUCUCGGGAUUUCUCGCUGAUUGAAAGUGCACGAGAAUUUGUCGAAAGAUAUCGUGUAUUACAAGAGAAGCGAGCAGUUAAUCAGACAGUUAAUAAUGAUGGUGAUGGUAGUGAAAGAUUGAAACCUAAGCGAGUUAGUCGAUCCGGAAAUGAUUCAAGAGAAAGCAGUUCUAUGAUUGAAGCGCGACUUCCAAUGUUAGCAUCAUCAUGUCCCGGUUGGAUUUGUUAUGCUGAAAAGACUCAUGGAUUCACCCUACCUUAUAUAAGCGAAGUAAAAUCACCUCAGCAGAUAAUGGGCAUUCUUGUCAAAGAUUAUUUGGCCAAAAAACUCGGAGUCAAGCCUAAUCAAAUAUAUCAUGUAAGCGUCAUGAUGUGCUAUGAUAAAAAACUUGAAGCCUCACGAGAGGAUUUCCUCAAUAACGAGUUUAAUACACAUGACGUUGAUUGUGUUAUCACGACCGGAGAACUGGAUAAAAUGUUUGAGGAAAAAAAUUUCAACAUUGCUGAAUCUACUACAGCCAUGACAGCCUCUUUUGAUUCUUUCACGAAAAUGAAUUCCGAGGGAAAUUUACUUGGAACAUCCGGUGCAGGAUCUGGCGGCUUCUUGGAAUAUAUUCUUUCUUAUGCGGCUAAAGAGUUAUUUGACGUUAGUGGAGUGGAUGCCGAUAAAGGAGAAGGUGUGGUGGUCAAAAUCGGGAAAAAUAAAGACUUGAAGGAAAUCUCAUUAGAGGUUGAUGGAAAGUCAGUGCUGAAAUUCGCAUCCGCUUAUGGAUUCCGUAAUAUACAAAAUCUCGUUCGCAAAAUAAAAACGGGUAAUUCACCCUAUCAUUAUGUAGAAGUUAUGGCUUGUCCGUCAGGAUGUAUAAAUGGUGGUGGACAACUAAAGCCAACCGAGUCGUCGAUAUCAAUCAAAGAUUGGAUUGAUCAAGUCGAUAAACUUUAUCGAUCUGUGAAUAAUGAGCCACCGGAAAACAAUGAAUUGGUGCAACGACUUUAUAUAGAUUGGCUCGGAGGCAAGGAUUCAUUGAAAUGUAAAAAGAUCUUGAGAACUCAGUAUCAUGCAGUGGAGCAGACUCUAAUUAACCCGUUAACCGUAAAAUGGUGA